AUGACUUUUUCCAGUAAAUUAUCCAAGAUUUUUUUGAAAUCAUUCGUUUUCGAUGAUGAUAGUUCUUCACAAGACGACAACGAUUCCAACUCGAGCAAGGUUUUWAAAACCUCUAGUUCCCCUGAAGGGAAUAAAACUGGCCUCAGACUAGUGGUUAUCAUUUCUACGGCUCCUCAUAGAAGAGCAAGAAGAGAUGUAAUUCGAAAAACCUACUGGAGAUAUUGCUACAACAACAGCCAGRUUAAAUGUUAUUUUUUUACCGAUGGAAAUGUAAACAGUAAUAUAUCCAGAGAACUACAAGAAGAGAAUCAAAAGUACAGAGACAUGAUACUUCAGCCAUUGGCUGGAGGAAAAGAAUUCGGACUUCGUUUUCUCUAUCAAAUACAAUGGGCUGCUUCUCACCACGACUUUGAGUACUUCCUUCGUGCAGAUGAUGACUACUUCAUCUGUUUAAGCAGGUUAUUCUAUGAAUUAGAACAUCGACCGAGAAAAAAUCUUGCUUGGGGAUUUUUUUAUUGCUUUAAAGAUCUCGUGUGGAUGGAUGAAGCUUGGAUGGUUUUCAGCAAAGACAUGAUUCACCGAUUUUUAAGCCAAAACGAGACAACAAUAUUGUGCCAUCCUCAUGCAGAUCAACAAAUAGCUAUAUGGAUGAAUGAUAUCCCAUCCAGGCGGUACUUUUACGAUGCCAGACUGCAUCACUUUCCACGAGCCUCGCAAACCAACAUGUUUGACAACGUGAGCUACAACAUUUGUGAUAAAUUUAUGGGCAUCCAUGGAGCUUUCGGAAAGAAGAUGCUCGAGUUGGACAAAAUAAGCAACGAUGGAAGAAAGGAUGACAUACCAGAAAUAAAAAAGUUUGAAUCUCUUUGUGACUACAAGGGAUUUAAGUGGGCUGAAAUGAAUGCUGCUUAUAGGUUUGAACCAAAACCUUGUAUUGAAAAGCCUAACUGGUCUCAGGGACAUCAUGCUUGGAGAGGAGCUGAAGAAGGACAGUGGUGA